UCGUCCUACUUUUUAUGUCGGCCGUUCGAUCUGUUGGCCCUCUCUGUUGCAUCACUAGGAGGCGAUAGCGGUAGUGGCGUUAAUGGGGCGGCCGCCGGCGAAACCCACACGACUCCUCCGGGAAACCGCUCCCUGAGCCGCCCCCCUCGCUGGCCGCGAUGGCCGAUCGAAGCCGCGCCUCCCACGGCUCCUCCGCCCUCCUCGCGCCGCUGUUCCUCGCCUUGAUCCCCUUCUCCCUGGUUCGCCCUGCUUCCGAUCCGUCGGCGAUCGUCACCGGAUCGAAUUACGGAGCCCUCCCUCCCGCCCGGAACCACGUCGUCAGGUUUCUGGAGUACCGGAUGGCAGAAGAUCACCGGGCCUACCUUGCUGAGAAUCUUGGAUCCCGGAACGGGUGGUGGUGGGUCGAGCGAAGGAACCCGGCGGCUUCGUUUCCUACGGAUUUCGGAGUUUUGGAGAUUGGGGAUCUGUAUCGGGCUUCGCUGAUCGAAGAGCUCCGAAGGUUGGGGCGGGUGAAGGAUGUAUACGUCGAUACGAGUUAUUCGAGGAGUUUGUUCGUGGAGGAGAGUCCCAAAGGCGGUAACUUCUAUGAUUUGGAGAAGCGGCCUGGGAAGAUUUUCACAUCGAUGUCUUUUGAAGAAGGAGAGGAGGUGGUUUAUAGUCCGGUUAGCAAUGCUUCCAUUAGCUGGAGAAGAAAGCUCAUGAUGCAGAGAUCUCAAGUUACUUCUCUUUUUGGAGCUGACAGACUUUGGACUAAGGGUUUCACUGGGAGAAGGGUCAAAAUGGCAAUUUUUGAUACUGGUAUUCGAGCAGAUCACCCACAUUUUCGUAAUAUUAAGGAACGCACAAAUUGGACAAAUGAAGAUACACUAAACGACAACCUUGGGCAUGGCACCUUCGUAGCCGGAGUUGUUGCUGGUGAAGAUGCAGAGUGCUUGGGUUUUGCUCCAGACACUGAGAUAUAUGCUUUUCGUGUAUUUACAGAUGCUCAGGUUUCUUAUACAUCUUGGUUUCUUGAUGCAUUUAAUUAUGCUAUAGCCACCAACAUGGAUGUGCUAAAUCUGAGUAUUGGUGGACCUGAUUAUCUUGAUCUCCCAUUUGUAGAGAAGGUGUGGGAGCUCACAGCAAAUAAUAUUAUCAUGGUGUCAGCUAUUGGAAAUGAUGGACCUCUGUAUGGAACCCUUAAUAAUCCUGCUGAUCAAAGUGAUGUUAUUGGAGUCGGUGGUAUUGAUUACAAUGAUCAUAUUGCUUCUUUCUCCUCGCGUGGCAUGAGUACUUGGGAGAUUCCUCAUGGUUAUGGUCGCGUCAAACCAGAUGUUGUUGCCUAUGGUCGUGAAAUUAUGGGAUCUAAGAUCAGCACUGGUUGCAAGAGCCUGUCAGGUACUAGUGUUGCAAGUCCAGUUGUUGCAGGUAUUGUCUGCUUGCUUGUGAGUGUCAUACCCGAGAGCAUGCGAAAAGAUUAUUUGAAUCCUGCAAGCAUGAAGCAAGCACUAGUUGAGGGUGCAACCAAACUUUCUGGUCCUAACAUGUAUGAGCAAGGCGCAGGCAGAAUUAACCUUUGGGAGUCAUAUCAGAUCCUGGAAAAUUACCAACCACGAGCUAGCAUUUUUCCCAGUGUCCUUGACUACACAGAUUGUCCUUACUCCUGGCCUUUCUGUCGGCAGCCUCUUUAUGCUGGGGCUAUGCCUGUUAUUUUCAAUGCAACUAUACUUAACGGCAUGGGUGUGAUUGGUUAUGUUGAGACGCCACCAACAUGGCAUCCUUAUGAUGAAGUGGGCAACCUGCUUAGCAUUCAUUUCACCUAUUCUGAUGUAAUCUGGCCUUGGACCGGAUACCUUGCACUUCACAUGCAGAUUAAGGAUGAAGGUGCUCAGUUCUCUGGGCUAAUUGAAGGUAAUGUGACACUUAAUGUGUACAGCCCAUCACCUCCCAGAGAAAAAGGGCCACGAAGUAGUACGUGUGUGCUAUAUCUGAAACUAAAAGUUGUUCCAACACCACCUAGGUCAAAAAGAAUUUUGUGGGACCAGUAUCACAAUAUAAAGUAUCCACCUGGAUACAUUCCGAGAGACUCCUUAGAUGUCCGAAAUGACAUCCUUGACUGGCAUGGUGACCACCUGCAUACAAAUUUUCAUAUCAUGUACAAUAUGCUAAGGGAUGCAGGAUACUAUGUUGAAACACUUGGGUCACCUCUGACAUGUUUUGAUGCUAGUCAUUAUGGAGCACUGCUUAUGGUGGAUCUUGAAGAUGAAUACUUCAAAGAAGAAAUUCAGAAACUUAGGGAUGAUGUUAUAAAUGGAGGGCUCGGUAUUGCUGUCUUUGCUGAAUGGUAUAAUGUAGAUUCAAUGGUUAGAAUGAGAUUUUUUGAUGACAACACGCGGAGUUGGUGGACACCUGUUACUGGUGGUGCAAAUAUUCCAGCGCUUAAUGAACUUUUGGCUCCACUUGGUAUUGCUUUUGGGGACAAAAUCUUGAAUGGUGAUUUCUCCAUCAAUGGAGAACAGAGCCACUAUGCCUCUGGUACUGAUAUUGUAAAAUUUCCACAAGGUGGUUAUUUGCAUAGUUUUGAAUUCCAGGACAAUUCAGAAAGUGGUGCAACACAGAACAUUCUUUCGGCUUCUGGGAUGACUAAGGUUUCCCCAAUUCUUGGUCUUGCGGAAGUCGGGAAGGGGAGGGUUGCAGUGUAUGGAGAUUCAAAUUGUCUUGAUGGCAGUCAUAUGGUAACAAACUGCUAUUGGCUUCUGAGGAAGAUACUAGAUUUCACUAACAGGAAUGUCAAAGAUCCUGUGCUUUUCUCAGACUCUGCUAAAACUAGCAAGCCAUUGCAUGAAGAAGAGAGCCGGCUACCAUUACGCAGAACAGAUGUAAAUUUUUCUUCAUAUUCCUCAGUAGUGGGCAAAGAUUUGAUCUGUCAUCAUGACUCUAGGUUUGAGGUCUGGGGGACAAAAGGAUAUGGUAUUCACCAACUCACUGGUAGGAAUAGAAAACGGUAUUCAACUAUUGAUAUGGUUAAUGAUUCGAACAAUACGGUGAUAGAAUUCAAUGUGGAGGUUGAUGAAGCAACAACACAUAAGGGCUCAGGAAAUUAUUCUGGAUUAGUUGAUCGAAACAAAUCCAGGAACAGCAUUGAUUUCUUAGGGCUGCUCAACCAUGAUGAGGUUGACAUACCUAUGCUGAUGGCAGGUCAAUGGAUCAUUCCGUUAUUGGUUGCUUUGGCUUGCCUUCUAUCAUUCUUAAGCUGGCGAAUGCGACAGAAGCGACGAAGACGAAGGAAGGGGUCCGCAUCGGGUCGGCUGAUGAACAUGGUGUAGUAGCUAGCCACGGUUUAGUAGCGUUGGUUGGAGGAUCUCUGUUUUACUGGUUGCGCAUACACCGAGACGCUAUCCAAAAAGGAAUGAAUGCAGUAGGAGACUUCAGGUAUAGCUUACGGGGUCAGACAUUCUUGACAGGUUGAGUAGUUCAUUUUUGUGAGGUUGUACAUGAAACUGAUGCUCUGCCUUUAACCCUGAAAAGAGAGAGAGAGAGAGAGAGAGAGAGAGAGAUUGGUCGAGAAGAUGCGGAAGUACGUGGUGUUGUAUCAUCAUCAAUUAUUUAUUUUUCUUAUUACAAAUAUUUGCUGUAACUUAUAUCAUAAUUUAUUUUUAUUUUGUCUUUUGUUACA